AUGUGGGAAACGGAUUUCAAAGAUAUAUCAUUGACUCCCACACCAACAUUGUCAAGAGAAGAUAAGUAUGCAUUACAACUGAUGGAAGAUAAUAUAAAGAUGGUGGAUGGACAUUACCAAUCUCCGUUACCAUGGAAACCAGGAUGUCCUGAAUUUCCUAAUAAUCGUGAUGCAGUUAUGAGAAGAACCAACAAUUUGGGAAAACGCUUGUUGAGGAAUGAUGUUUUAAGGGACAAAUAUUGCAGUACCAUGGCUGAAUUUAUAAAGAAAGGAUGGGCAAGGAAAAUUCCUGCUGCUGAAUUUGAAGCACCCAUUGGUAAAGCGUGGUAUCUUCCUCAUCAACCCGUUACAUCAGAACAGAAACCUGGUAAAGUACGCCUGGUAUUUGAUGCAGGUGCAAGAUAUUUGAACACAUCACUGAAUGAUCAAUUACUGCAAGGUCCAGAUAUGGCAAAUGGAUUGUUAUCUGUUUUGCUACGUUUCAGAAUGUACAAAUAUGGUAUAACUGCAGAUAUAGAAGCUAUGUUCUUACAAGCUCGUGUAACGCCUAGGGAUGUUGAUGCAUUGAGAUUCCUAUUUUGGCCUGAUGGAGAUUUGACAAAAACUCCUGUCGAUCAUCAGAUGUUAGUGCAUUGUUUUGGAAAUACAUCAAGUCCAUUUUGUGCAAAUUACUGUUUAAGGAGAACUGCAGAAGAUUUUGGAAAAGACUUUCCAUCAGAUAUAAGUGACAAUAUCAAAGAUAAUUCAUAUAUAGAUGACUUCCUACUUGGAGCAGAUAGUAUAUCUGAAGGGAAGAGAAUUGUCAAGCAAACCUCAGAACUUACUGAAUGUGGAGGUUUUCAUUUAAACAAAUGGAGGAGUAAUUCAGAAGAAAUUAUUUCUUGUGUUCCAGAAAAGGAUAGAGCACAAAUUCAAGCAAACGUAAAUUUAGACCCAAAUCGUGUUGAACGAGUUUUGGGAGUUGUGUGGUUCGUGAUAGAAGAUUGCUUUGGAUUUAAUACAAAGCUGAAGACAAAACCUGCUACGAAAAGAGGAGUUCUAGCAAUUCUUAGUUCCGUAUUUGAUCCCAUGGGUAUUGUAUCACCUGUGAUAUUGCAAGCAAGACUUGGUAUAUUCCAAGAGUUAUGUCGUCAACAAUUGGGAUGGGAUGAAACUAUCGGAGAAAAUGAACAAAUAGCAUGGGAAAGCUGGACUAAAGCAAUUCCAGAAUUAUCAGAAGUCAAAUUACCAAGAUACAUUAAACCGAAUUCAUUUGGGGUUAUUGUUUCACAAGAAUUACAUCAUUUUGGCGAUGCAUCACAAGUUGCCUAUGGAUCAGUUUCAUAUUUGAGGUUAUCAGAUGAAAACGGUCAAAUACACUCUAACCGAUUAGCAAAAAUUGAAGAAGGUUCAGAGCCACAUCAAUGGCGUUAUGUUCCAAGUGAAUUGAACCCAGCGGAUUAUGCAUCCCGUGGAAUGACAGCAAAGAAAUUGAUUGCAAAGAAAUCAUGGUUACAAGGACCAGAAUUUCUCUACCAGAAUGAAGAGAACUGGCCACAAAUGCCAGUUAAAUUACCAGAUUUACCAUUGGAAUUUAUUCAGAAAAAGCCAAUGAAUGUCCUAAUUAAUCUAGUGACAGAGAAUGAACCAUUGGACAAGUUCAUCAACUAUUAUUCUUCAUGGUAUAAGUUGAAGAAAGCUACGGCAUGGAUUAUCAGAUUCAAAAAUUAUUUACAAGCUAAACCAACUGUUCAAAAAGGUGAAUUGCAAACAGAAGAGUUGAGAAGAUCCGAAAAUGAGUUGAUAAAGUAUUUACAAAAUCGUGAGUUGAAUAAAGUUAUUGCAAAGUUACAAAAUUCUGAUGUACAAGGGAAACGUGUGCUUAGAAAUUUGAAAAUUGCACCUUCAAUGCAAAAGUUGAAUCCUGUUUUAAUUGAAGGAAUAUUGAGAGUGGGUGGAAGAUUGCAGAACGCACCCAUAGAUUUUGAUUUGAAACAUCCAAUAAUACUGCCAAGUAAUCAUCAUAUCACACAGUUGAUUGUCAGAGAAUACCAUAAAAGUUCACAUCAUUGUGGAGCAAGUCAUACAUGGAAUUUGCUGAGACAGAAGUUCUGGAUUAUCAAUGGAUUAUCAAUCCAAGAAGAGAAUGGUAUUGGCAGAAGAGGAGUUUUUCCGGGUUAG